GGUCAGUCGUGAGUAACCCGGAAGAACAAAGGUGGAUUCCAAGCGCCCGCCGGAAGUUUUCAAGUAUUUUUCAACAUGGCGGCGUUGGUCGCUCCUCGCCUGAUCCGUUUUGGAUCGUUUUCCUUGAGACCUACGUCCGCAUACUGCGCGCGGACGCAGGGACUUCAUCAGAGCGCCUCAAACGACAGCUCCAGCAGUGUGGUUCCGGUUCGGGAGAAGAGCACUGCCAUUGCAACCAAAGCUUCCGCUGUGCCGAGCAAUAAGGGAGAAUAUGUGAUCACCAAGUUGGACGACCUGGUGAACUGGGCGCGCAGGAGCUCUCUGUGGCCCAUGACGUUUGGGCUGGCCUGCUGUGCGGUGGAGAUGAUGCACAUGGCGGCUCCGCGGUACGACAUGGACCGCUUCGGCGUGGUGUUCCGUGCCAGCCCCCGCCAGGCCGACGUCAUGAUCGUCGCCGGCACCCUCACCAACAAGAUGGCCCCCGCCCUGCGCAAGGUGUAUGACCAGAUGCCAGAGCCCAGAUAUGUCAUUUCAAUGGGGAGCUGCGCUAACGGAGGGGGAUAUUACCACUACUCUUACUCUGUGGUGCGAGGCUGUGACCGCAUCGUGCCCGUGGACAUAUACGUUCCAGGCUGCCCGCCCACCGCGGAGGCCCUCCUGUACGGCACCCUGCAGCUGCAGAAGAAGAUCAAGCGGGAGAAGAAGAUGAGGAUCUGGUACCGCAAGUGAGAGGGAGCGCGUCCGCGUCCGGCCGUCUGUCUGUGCGUCUGUCUUUUAUUUAUGGAUGGUUGCUGUUCCCCACAGAGAAGAAUGAUUAUUUCAGGCAGUUGUUUCAGGAGCUGCCCAGUGUUUGGAGUUUUCCUUUGCUCCUGCUCUCUGUAGUAACAAUAAAGAAACGUGUGCAUAAUCUCUGA